AGCGGUCUGUUCGUUGCUAUAACAACUUCACAUUAACAAAAUGGCGGCUCGGUCAGAACAAGAGGUCGAAGAUCAGCUAAAGAAGCGCAAAAUUGGCAAGGAUAAAGAUGUUGUUGAGUUGUAUUUGGCUCAUAGGGGAUUGGAAUCCAUGCACGAUUUAAAGAGAUUUAGGAAUCUUCAGAGAAUAUGGCUUAACGGAAAUAAGUUCCGCCGACUAGGAUGCUUUCAAUCAAACUUCUACCUGACUGAAGUGUACCUACAGGACAACAUGCUGAUUGAGGUGAACGGCUUGUUGCGUCACUUGACGUGUCUAGAGGUACUCAUGCUUAAUGGAAAUCAACUGACCAAACUGACGGAUGUAGUGCAUGAGCUAAGAGCUAUGCAGAGACUUCAUGACCUCAAUUUAUUUAAUAACCCACUUGCCCAGGACUACGAUUACCGUUCAUAUGUCAUUCAUCGCAUCAAGUCACUGAAAAUACUUGACAGAAGAGAAGUACUUCAGGCAGAAAGAAUAAAAGCUCAGAAAAAGUACGAGCCAGACAGAGAGAUGGUCAAAGAGACUGUGUCAUUUGGGCGACGAGUAGAUGGUCCUCCACAGAAAGUCUUUUAUCCUCCUUCCUCUGCAACCUUUGCAAGUCCUGACACUGAUAAUGUGAGGUUAAGCCGCCCAUCACCACAGCAACCUUCAAGUGCCUCCCAGGCUGAAACCUCAAGUGGCAAGGAAGCACUUGAGUCGGCUAUUGAGGACCGCAGCCUUCGGAGAUCCAUAGUACAGUACUCAACAUUUGAUUGGUCUUCCGUACAGCUCUCGGAAGAUAAGCGCCUAGGCCGAGAACCUGCCGAACAGCCAAGAAUACUCACGGUUCGCUUCCGAUGAUAGUUAGUGGAGGACUUGCUGAAGAUACAGUCCUUUUCCAAUGACAGCUUGUCUCCAAAGAAAGGGAGUAGCUGACUUAUUUAAGAUUUUAGGGACGCGGACAGCUAGGGAUAUUUUUAAAAAAAAAUCUAUUUUACACGCUAGAGUGAGAGUUUUUGGAUUACUCAUCUGAUGACAGAGAUAGCAUAUUGUAUUUCCCACAGAAAGAAUGAAAAAAGGUAUACUCCUUGUUCGAUGUAUAAUAGCACAACCUAUUAUUAUAUAACAAUUGUAGAAGUAAAUGUAUAUAUAGAA